UUUUUUUCACAAUUAUUUUAUUUUUAAAAAAGUGUUAACUUAUUGAAAUGCAGUCAAUUGUCUCUUAAAUUUAAAUAAAAAUUGGUGUUUAAAGAGUGGUUCACUAAAUAAUAAUUUUUAGUGCCAUUAAACUCAUUCAACAUUUGUUGUAUAACUUAACAAGUCUGGAGUGGCGGACGACAUAAAAGAUACCAAAUUUUUUUUGAUCACAAAUUAUAGUUAAAGAAAUAUUUGUACCGAUUUAACACAAUAGUUUGUCUACAAAUCACUGCAAUUGAAGGGACUGUGAGGGACGCCAACCGAUUGAAACAAAACGUCUGAUAUUAAGUCACGAUUAAUUUUAUUAAUAAGCUUUAAUAGUAUGGCACGAGUGGGGAGUGGGAGACAAAAGGGCAGCCAAAGGCUAUGGGGUAUACAUUAGUACCACAACUAAGUCCAAAGUGUGUGUUAGUGUUGGGUCGUCUCGUCUAAGGAUAAGUAUUUCUCAUAUAAAAUGUUUUGUUAGACUUAAGGAUAGCCUUAUUAUGUAUGGGUCACAUAUACAGUAUAUACAUAUACUGUAUAUAUGGCAUACAAGUGCAGUGUUUAGUGCAUUGCCUUUACCUUUGGUUUACCUGUCAGUCGAGUAUUAUAGAGGUUCGGGUCGCCAACAGUGCACACCUGGUCUCUCUCUGGUCUCUUUAUCUGACGAUCCCUUUCUAUCAUUGUAUGCCUUAUCCUAAUACUAUGAGCUAUACUGUACUUAAUAUAACAUAAAACUAGUUUGUUGUGCGGGUCUGGUAGUGGUGCGCCCCUCUCUCCCCUCACCGUAGAGUAGUAUAUGUCUCCCACUCUUUAAAAUGCAUAUUCACAGCAUUGGGUGAAUCGGUUGCUCUCUCGGUGUUUGUCAGUAAUACCGUCCGAUCGCUUCUACUGUAUGUCUCACUCCUCAUCCCUACUUCUCAGUCCGCAUGCGUCCACUCCGUGGGCUCGCAGUCACUACCAGUGCUAUUGAAAGCUAAGGCCAGUUAAGAGUUGGGUUGAAGUGUUGUUAACGUAUAUAUAGAGUAGAGGAGUGCUGUCUAUGAGUUUAGUUGUAGUCUCGUGAGCACUGGGAGUGGUUGUCUCGUAUACCGUAUUAUAUAAAAGUGCUCUCAAUAUAGUCUCAGUAUUUGAAGACAACUAUAAUUGAGUGAAUCGUGUAUUACAUUCAUAUUGUAGACAAUAUUCACUCUAUUAUAUGUUCGUUCAAUUGAUUGCUUUAAUCAAAAAAGUUUUAUAAGAAAUAGUGUCGACUCUAGAGUAUAUGCGGCACAUCCCUGACAUCCCUGACCAGUGCUGCCUUUUCCUAACGUCUGUCUACGAGUUGCAUCGAUAGUAGAGAAGAUGACCCGUUGCACACUUAUGAUACCACCGUAUCGUACCGUAUCUGCAAUGGCUUUCCGUGAUAUCGGUGGCAAUGGUCCGCCUCCGAGGGAUACCAAUGCCCAGCCAUCUAAUGAAAGAGUGCAAUCAGUUCGUCGAAGACUGUUUGGUGAUAUCGAUCACCAACAAACACACCGGGAUCUCCAACAACAGCUCAGACAGUGUGAGGACGAGGACCGCAACAGAUAUAACUUUGACUUUAGUAGUGAACAGCCCAUCAAUAGCCCUGAGUCUCGUUAUCAAUGGUCUCAUAUUAACAAUAAUUUAAAUCUUCAAUCAGACAACACUUUUGAUACAAAACUUAAAAAAUUUAGUACAAAUAUAUGCAAAAAUAAUGACCAGUCGUCUACCAUUGAGUCACAUCAGUCAGCUAUCAGUCCAAUACCAACACCAACGCCUGCACCAGAGCCUGUGCCACGACCUGAGACCAGUGCAACCAUACAUAGCAGUGUCAGCACAGAUACCACCGUUGACUCGACAUCUGCUAUGAUUGCAUCUGAUUCUCAGCCAAAGCCGAGUUCAUCAUCUAAUGAAAAACCUACCGGAGCUGGUCUUACGCCUAAAAUAGUCAAUCAGUUGAAACAAACACAAAUCACAGACUACUUCGUCGACCGGAAGUCUCAAAGGAAACGGAGUUCAGCACAAGUCAUGUCUCACAAAGAGAGCGAUAUUGAAACACAAGACUUCAAAAGACAUCGUCCGGAGUGCACCACAACUGCUCUCACUUCUCAUGCGGACAAACCAAGUGGUAGUGAGAGUGACUCCACUCCAUAGUGACUCUCGUGUGACUCCAAGUGCUUAGUUGAUGACACUGUUGGUGGAGGAGAGCAAACAUUCAGAGCACCGGCAGUACUACAGGAACUUCGGUCUAAUAAUCAUAAACACACACAACAACACUGACACAUACACAUAGUAUAAGACAUGUUAAUUGCUUUUAAAUAACAAUACCUACUGAUCCCACACAUCAUACAUACAUAUAUAACAAGUGUUACAGAAAAAUACAUUCAAAUCCAUUUAACAUAACAAUAGAUAUAAAGUUUAAUACAUAAAACAAAGUUGAAAUUUUCUUUGAUUUAAAUUUAUCUCUUUAUGUAUACUAACCAAAGAAAUCAUUGACUAAAUUAAUUACUAUAUUAUAUACAUAUUUUAUAUUUUGCUCUCAUUUGAUAUAUGAUACAUAAUUUAGA